CAUUGAACGCGGCGUGACUGCGUGAUUUUUGCAGUCAAGAACGACGGCGAGCGACGCAUCGUCACACCGAUAUUACGUUGUCGACGUCUGAUGAUAUAAAUCUCGUUGAGGUGUCAGCCCGUUCCAAAAAUUCGUUACGUUAUUAUUUGCACUUGUUCGCGUGUCGACGCGUGGAAAAAGAGGACAGAGGAUAGAGAAGACGGAAGAGCGGCGGCAAAGCGACACUUUGUAAACUACUCCGACCACACGUAUCCGUUUCGAUCGACGCGGCACGCUUUAACGCGGAUCGCUCGUGUGUAAAAUCUCUCUUUCAUCUUCCUCGGCGGUUUAUCGUCCGCUGAGGUCGCCAAGAUGGCCGAGAAGACCGGAACGCCGGUCACCGUUCAGGAACAGCAACAAUCGCAGCAGUUUCUCUCGAGUUUCAUCGCCGAGAUCGUCAGAAGUCCGCUGAAUCUCGCGCUGGUGGGCGUGAUCGCCAUCCUAGUAUACAAGAUCGUGAAGAGCCGCGCAAGGACCCCGGAACCCGUGGUGGAAGUGAAGAAGUUGCCUAAAUUGCGACGCGACUUCAAGAUCGAAGAACUGACCAAGUACGACGGCAAAGGUCCGGACGGACGGAUAUUGGUUGCCGUUAACGGUAGCGUGUACGACGUCACCAGAGGUGCCAAAUUCUACGGCCCAGGUGGACCAUAUGAGGCAUUUGCCGGUAAGGAUGCUAGCAGGGCGCUCGCAACAUUUGCGGUUGACGCGGCGACCGACAAGUACGAUGAUUUGAGCGAUUUGAAUACCACAGAAAUGAGUUCCAUCAAGGAGUGGGAAGAACAAUUCAACGAGAGGUACGACUACGUUGGUAAAUUACUGAAACCUGGUGAAGCACCUACAAAUUACUCAGAUGAAGAAGAUGAGGGUAGCCAACAGGAAACCGAGGCAAAAACGGAUCAUAGUGAGACUGCCGAGAGAUCCAAGAGCGAUUGACCACGUGGCCGUAAAUUGAGGGCGGAACCGUUUUGGAAGCACUUUAUGCGCACACACUGUUGUUACCAAAAUCUUUACAAUUGUCGCUCAUGAAUGUACUAUAUUUCUGAACGUUCGGAAUAUUUUAUCACUUUACAACACUAAUUGGAAAGAGGAACAAAAUGCUGUCUUUUAAAAUCGCGAGUUGAAAGUACAUACAAAAAUUAUAUAAAAACACUCUUCGGCGGUCAGACUUGAUUUUGAGCGUUUAACUUCCGAUUCUCUCUGUAUUUGAAAAUAACGCUCGCAUAUCUCUUUUAAACGUUUUUACAUAUGUACAAAAGUUUUCUACAGAAAACUUGCUAAGCUGUUCAAUCAGAGUGGCAAGCAGCAAUGCAGCAUAUUCCAUAUAUAGUAGAUGUUUCUCGUUGAAUUAAUGAUUCUAUCCCGCUGCGUGAGGUAAUGGUACACACAUUUGUAUGUGCCUAAAUGAUGAGUAAAUUGAAGACAUAAACAAUAAUGUUUCUGACAUUGCAUUUGGAGUUUAGUUUUUAAGUCUAUGAAGCUUUUAUCGCAUUUUACAAGUUCGUAAUUUCGUGAUUAAGGUAAAAAAAAAAAAAAAAAAAUGUCGAAUCAACGGGAAGGACGGGAUUAUUAUUACGCAAAACAUAUGCAAUAUUUUAAAGACGAACAGUUGUGAGUAAUCCAAUUAGCACUUGGUUAAUUGGACGGUUAUAUGCUGAUGGACUCGCAUGUAUGUUGUGUUAUAUCUUUAACACAUCAUCAUGCCCGCAUCCUUAUUCUGUCACUUGUAUAACGACGUUGGUUCUUUUAACGAACUUUCAGUUUUGUGUUAAUUGUCACCGUGUAUUGCGCGCGUAUUAUCUCACGACGCAUUUUGUCCACGUGCAAAAAUUCGCAACGCGUGCGUUAGAAGUUACAGAAUAGGUUUGCCUCGAGAAAAAGAGAGAAACAUAUGUAAUAAUUACGAAAGAAAGUGCGAAAUGACGAUUAUAUUGUAACACAAAAAGAACUUUCUCUCGUUCGCUCAUUGAGACGAAACACAAAUUGUGCAUUAAACUUGAAAGAUUUAUUUGCAAUUCCACAGAAAUAUCGGGGACAUUCGUGUGUCUCCGAUAAUUUGUUUUACAUAUUAGUAUGAUAAAUUUAUAAAUCCUUUGUUGUUGUAUAGAGUUUAGCCAUAGUGAGAGGAACUUUUUUUUUGUUAUUUUAACUAUAUUAAAAAAAAAAAAAAAAAAAAAAAAAAAAAAAAAAAAAAAAAAAAAAAAAAACGGUUGGGUGUAAAGUCCGCAGGUAUAUGUAUUUGUGUACUUCCAUGCGGUGUUGCUUCUUGACACUGCAAAACAAUUUAUUGAUUAAAAAGUAAUUAUAUAUUGUAACGGCUUUAGUCUCACUAAUAAGAUAAACACAGACGCGGUUUUGGUCUCGAUUAUAUUUUUGGUAAGUUACGAAAUUAUUGAAAGUAAGUUUAUGCGAAUAAAGAUGAAAUCAAUUGUACGUUAUAUAUCUCUCUUAUGAAAUUAUCUCCAAAUCGAGAGAGUUCGCAUGCAUUUUUUUCCCCGCAUAAUUUCAAUCACUUCCUCCGUUAAUGUAUGUAACCAAAAGUGAAGUGCGUGUUUUAUCAUCUUGUUAGUGCGUGUAUACAAUGCGCGUGAGGCAAGAAAAACAAAAUAAUAUAUUUAUUAUACAUGAAACGUCGCAUCUGUUAGUUGCAUGGUGUAUAUAUAACUUUUCUCGUGAUUAACGAAACAUUGAUUGUGGCAAAUAAAAGAAAUUUAUUAUUGUUUA